AUUGAUCCCGCCCUGUGCUAUGGUUAAACAAGAUUUGGUUGUGAAAAUAAAUUGGAUUUGUUGAUUCUUCUAUUAUCUUGUUUUUUCUCAUUAUUAACUAGUAGUUUUGGUUUCAUCUUGAUUUGGUUUGAGUAAAAUUUUUUCUGAUCGGCUACAAAAUGUCUUCUUUACGAGCAACGCAUGGUUCAGAAAGGAUACGCUCAAAAUUAACCAAGUUAAUAGAGUCUAGUGAAUAUUAUGAAGCCCACCAGAUGUAUCGAACCUUACACUUUCGCUAUGUCAAUUCUCGAAGGUUUAAAGAUUUGGAAAAUCUUCUCUAUGAUGGUGCUAUUCUUCUGCUUGAUCGACAGCAACACAAUUCUGGUGCCGAUCUUGCCAACCUUUUCAUUGACACAUUGAGUAAAGAUACGGAUAUGAAAGAAGCUAUGAAGGAUGAGCAAGAAGCAAACAAUCUGUCCAUACGUAUAGGAGAACUUUUGUCACGUAUUCCAGCUGAUACACCUGAGCGAAUGAAAUACACUGGAGAAGUAUUAAAAUUGAAUUCAAAAAUUUUCCCAAUGCAACGUAUUCGUCGGCAAUUUGCGCUAAUUUUAUGGAAAGAAAAAAACUAUGUCGACUCUCGUAAACAUUUUCUUCAUGCUAGCUAUACUUGUGGAGAAGACUGUGCUCUUAUGUUAAUCGAAUACCAUGUCGACUCUGGCUACAAAUCCGAGGCUGACUUGUUCAUAGCUCAAUUUAUUUUACAAUUAUUGUGUAUAAAAACUAGUAGCUCUGCCAACAUAGAAGAGAUUAAGCAACCAUUAACUUCAUCCUUAAGCUCUUCUGAUGUUGCCUCUUCUUCCUCGACUUCCAGUGAUAUAAGCCAUAACUGCAACCUCAACAACAUUUCUCCCAAAUCAAAUCAGCACGCCUAUGCCAUCGUAAUUUUACAACACUACCUAGCCAAGCAUCCGCUAAUCAGCAAAAGUGACCCUCCCUCAACUCUUCCAUUGAUCAAUUUCUUAUGGUUUCUGCUUAUAGCUAUUGAAGGAGGUAAAACAUCAACUUUCAAUGUACUUCUUGACAAAUAUGGACCAGUUUUGAAUCGAGAUCCAGCUUAUAAAGAGUACCUUCAACGAAUUGGUGAAUUAUACUUUGGUAUCAGGCCAGUGCAUAGUAAUCGUGGAGGAUUUGGAGGUUUCCUGAGUAAUUUUUUACAAUCAUUUGUUGAAGACAAUGAUGAUGAUAGUAAUGAUGAUGAAGAUGGUGGUGAUUCAUCAAGCACCGGUGUAAACACUGCUAGCGGAUCAGCUGAGCAAUCAGCUAACAAUAGUAGAACAUCAUUAUCUGCAAGACAAAAUCUUCAGCAAAGUGAAGAUUUAGAUUAGAAGUGAAUUAUUCUGAAUAUUGAUAAAGAAAAAUAAUUGAUGAAAACACCAAAAAAGAAUAUAAAAUUUAUAAUAGAAAAUUAUUUGCUCCGAAUUGUUUUCUAUCUCUUCAUUUACCUCUUGCAAACAAAACGAGAAGUUUACUUUUGAACAUGUCAACGUUUCAUUUAUUUUAAUCAUCUGUAAUUGGAAAAGAGGCAAACAUUGAGGGAAAAAUACUUUGUAAUUAAAACAAAUGCAUGAUUAAAUAAUCAGACAAAUUAA